CGCCGGGCGCCCCGCCGCCCUCCUCCCGCCCCCGGCAGCGCCGCCGCCGCCUCUCCCGCUCCCCGGCUCCACUCAGUUCGGGGAAGGGGAGGGAGGAGGGGGACGAGGGCUCUGGUGGGUUCGGAGGCGGUGAGAAUCGCGGGGUGUUUUCGCUUUCUCCCCCUCUUUCCAACAAGCAAAAACAAACACGCGAAGCGCGGAGCCGGCCGCCCUCGCCCUCGCCCUCGCUUCACCUCGCGGCGGGCUCCGAAUGAAGGGAGCUCGGAUGUCCGGUUUCCUGUGAGGCUUUUACCUGACACCCGUCGCCCUUCCCCAGCACUGGUUGGGAGAGCGCCUUGCAAAGUUGGCAACGCGGAGCCCCGGACUCGCGCCCACCGCCUCCGGCUCGCCCAGGGGGGUCACCGGUAGGAGAUCGGGAGAAAGGGACCAGGAGGGGACCUCAGCCUCGCAGGGGCGCCCACGCCCCACCCCUGCCCCCCGCCAGCGGACCGGAUUCCCCGCUCCCGGUCCUUCCACCAUGCACUUGCUGGGCUUCUUGUCUCUGGCGUGUUCCCUGCUCGCCGCUGCGCUGCUGCCGGGUCCGCGCGAGGCGCCCGCCGCCGCCGCCUUCGAGUCGGGACUGGGCUUCUCCGACGUGGAGCAGGACGCUGAGGAGGCCAAGGCUUAUGUAGGCAAAGAUCUGGAGGAGCAGUUGCGAUCUGUGUCCAGCGUGGAUGAGCUCAUGACCGUACUGUACCCAGAAUAUUGGAAAAUGUACAAGUGUCAGCUGAGGAAAUCAGGCUGGCAGCACAGUAAAGAACAGCCCGACCUCAACACAAGGACAGAAGAGACAAUAAAAUUUGCUGCAGCACAUUAUAAUGCAGAAAUCUUGAAAAGUAUUGAUAAUGAGUGGAGAAAGACUCAAUGCAUGCCACGUGAGGUGUGUAUAGAUGUGGGGAAGGAAUUUGGAGCAGCAACAAACACCUUCUUUAAACCUCCAUGUGUGUCCGUCUACAGAUGUGGGGGCUGCUGCAACAGUGAAGGGCAACAGUGCAUGAACACCAGCACAAGUUACCUCAGCAAAACGUUGUUUGAAAUUACAGUGCCUCUCUCUCAAGGCCCCAAACCAGUAACAAUCAGUUUUGCCAAUCACACUUCUUGCCGAUGCAUGUCUAAACUGGAUGUUUACAGACAAGUUCAUUCAAUUAUUAGACGCUCCCUGCCAGCAACACUAGCACAGUGUGAUGCAACAAACAAGACUUGCCCCCCAAAUUACAUGUGGAAUAAUCACAUCUGCAGAUGCCUGGCUCAGCAAGACUUCAUUUUUUCUUCAAAUGCUGGAGAUGACUCUGCAGAUGGAUUUCACAACAUCUGUGGACCCAACAAGGAGCUGGAUGAAGAGACUUGUCAGUGUGUCUGCAAAGGGGGCCUUCGGCCUUCCAGCUGUGGACCCCACAAAGAACUCGACAGAAACUCAUGCCAGUGUGUCUGUAAAAACAAACUUUUCCCCAGCUCAUGUGGGGCCAACAGAGAAUUUGAUGAAAACACAUGCCAGUGUGUAUGUAAAAGAACCUGUCCAAGAAACCAACCCCUCAAUCCUGGAAAAUGUGCCUGUGAAUGUACAGAAAAUCCACAAAAAUGCUUUCUAAAAGGAAAGAAAUUCCAACAUCAAACAUGCAGCUGUUACAGACGACCUUGUACAAAUCGACUGAAGCAUUGCGAGCAGGGACUGUCAUUUAGUGAAGAAGUGUGUCGCUGUGUCCCUUCAUAUUGGAAAAGACCACACAUGAACUAAGUUUGUACUGUUUCCCAAGUCACCAUUUUUCUCUCAUGGAAAACUGUUAUCACAGUAGAACUGUUUAUGAACAGAGAGACCCUGUGGGACCUUGUCACAAAGGCAAAGGUUGGUGUUUCCUGAACCACCUGUGUGGAUAACGUUACAGAAAUGGACUGGAGCUCAUCUGCAAAAGGCCUCUUUUAAAGACUGGUUUCCUCCCAAUGACCAAACAGCCUAGGUUUUUUUUUUUUUUUUUCUCUAGUGAUUUUU